AUGAAUUCAUUUUUCACGCACUUUCUUAGUCUUCUUAUUUGUUCCAUAAUUCUCAUUCGAUUAACAUCUUCGGCAAGUUUUCCUGAUCCACCACCAAUUCCACCACCAAAUGCAUCACCUGAUGAUUGGAUACGCUUUUGGAAGUUAUUACAUAGCUAUUAUGCGAUUAUUGCUCGACCACGGUUUGGCAAACGAUCGGAGUUAACCAUGAUUGCAACACGGCCAGCAUCACGUCUAGAACUUCUUUUUCCGAGAUCUCCUGUAUCUGAAAAUGAAAUUAUCUACACGCUCAGUGGAAAUCGUUAUAAUGCUAAUCCAAAUCGACGAAGUUCUACUGGUGAUAUACAAACGUUGAUCUAUUCUGAUCGCGAAUGA